AUGUCCGCGCCCCCUCCCCCGCCCGCGCCGAAGCACCUCAUCCGCAGCCACGCCGCGGCGGUGAGCGUCGUGCACGUCUCGGACGACAACGAACGCAUAUACUCGGGGGAUGCGGCGGGCACGGUGGUGAUCACGUCGACAAGGAGCUUGCGCGCGAUCGCGUCGUGGAAGGCGCACACGGACGGCCUGCUGGGCGUGCAGGAGUGGGAACAGCGGGUUAUCACACAUGGACGGGACAAUAAGCUGCACGUGUGGUCUGGGGUGCGCGAGCCUCCCCGCGCGGUGGGUGGGUCCGCUGCGCUCCCCGGAUUGCAGACCCCCGAACUGUGCUACUCCCUCGACGUGAACGCCCUGAACUUCUGUCGGUUUUCUCUCCUGCCGCUCCCCGCCGACGCACGCACAGAUGAGCGGCAAGCCCUGCUCGCCGUGCCCAACCUGGUCGAGUCUGCCUACGCGGACGUAUGGACGCUCCCGGGGAAACAGAGGCUGCACGCCGCCAUCGGGAAAGCCGGCCAAGCGCCGUCGCCCGCGGACGUGCGCAAUCCGAUCGGGAUCAUAAUGUGCAUGCACCUGUCGUCGGUCCCGCACCCGCACGCGGCCGGCGGAGCGCGCCUGAGGCUGCUGUGCGGGUAUGAGAACGGGAGCGUGACAAUGCGCGGAUAUGUGCGCGAAGACAGGGAGGUGUCCGUGGAGGGCGUUGGGUGGGAGUCGUUGUGGAGCGUGCGCCUCCAUGUUGAGUCGGUCAUGGCGAUGAGUGUGUCUAUGGACGGGUCAUUUGCGUUGUCCGUCUCCGCCGACCAUCUCAUCGGUCGGUAUAAUUUUGCGGAGGCCGAGUCAGCAGAAAAUGUACAGCAAGCUUGCACGGCAUUCAAAACGAAACACCCGGGAAAUGGCUCGGUGGCGAUCAAGGACGAUGGCCGAAUAUGUGCAGUCGGUGGAUGGGAUGGCAGAGUGCGCCUUUACUCCACAAAGUCCUUCAAGCCGCUCGGUACACUCGCGUACCACAAGAAGAACUGCCAAAGUAUCGCGUUCGCCCGCGCACAACCAGCGCCGGCCCUGAAUGCAGGCGGCGAGGAGUCGGACGAUGAGAUGACUGAGCAGGAGAAGACAGAUAGGACACGGUGGCUUGUCUCUGGGGGCCGGGAUAGCAGGGUGGCCAUAUGGUCUCUUAUAAAUUUCGCUAAAACAUAAAAUACGAGUGGUUCU